AUGCACGCCCAUAUUAGCGUAGUACAGCUCAAUGUCAAUCAUUGCGCAGCAGCUCAGAGCCUCCUGGCCCAGACUGCGUUGGAGCGCAAUGUAGACAUCAUGCUCCUAAGAGAACCCUACGUCUCUGGUAUUGGACAAACAUCCGUGAUCCUAGACGAGACAGGAAAAGCAGCUAUCAAGUGUUGCACCUCUCUCCACGUCCAGGAACUGGCUGCUUCACCUAUGCGGGGUAUUGCUUAUGCGAAGUUAAAACACGUGCACAUGUACAGCUACGCUCCGCCGAGCGACACCCCCGAUCAGUUCGAGGAGUUUCUGGAGGCGAUCGUGGACCAUGCGAGAGGGCGAAGCCCGAAGGUCAUUGCCGGUGAUUUUAAUGCCUGGGCAGCGGAAUGGGGCAGCAGGGCAUCCAACACCAGAGGCCGAGCUGUGAUUGACGCCGUGGGACCUAAUACUGCUGAACGACGGACGGAAGCCGACGUUCUCUUCCCGGAGGGCACGCCCAGGAGACGGCAUAGUAGAACAGCCGGGCAAGCAUGGGACACCUGGAAGAUCGAUGAGGCCAUGCUGGCCUAUCAGAUCAAUUCCCUGGAAAUCCCUAAUGGGGACGCAGAGAUCAUGGCGGCAGGCCUCUUGAAUAUGCUUGGAAGAAUUUGCGGCGCAACCAUGCCAAGGAAAAGUAAGGUACAGCCCAAACCACCCGUCUACUGGUGGAGUGCCUCCCUAAGCCAACUACGGUCUGAUUGCCUAAGGGCUAGGAAAACGGCGCAACGAGCCAGAGGCAGUAACCACCACGCGGAGCUCUUGGAGGCUUUCAGAAGGAAACGCAUAGAGUUCAAGCACGGCAUUGCGGCUGCCAAAGCCAACAAGCUAAGGAGGAGAGCGGUAACCACAUCCGACCCGGGGGUCCUGGCUAACAUUGUAGGGGAGCUAUUUCCAAAGCAUACAACACUAUGGAGGUCAACAGAGGCAGCCCCUGCCCCAGAUUUCCCGUGCGUCACAGAACUUGAAGUCGUCGAGGCAGCCAAGCGCAUCAAGCCCAACACCACCUUACAGCAAUGUCUUCUGGACGGAGGCAAGGGACCUCUAUGCCUUCUGUAUAUAGUUGGAAAACUGUUCGAACGUAUCCUGUAUACACGAAUAGAGGCAAUCGCCGAGAGCAUCAACGGCUUCCGGAAAGGAAGGAGCAUACUGGACGCUCUUUCGGCCGUUAGUAACAUCGCCAAGACCGGUCUUUCUGGUGAUACAUGGUUAGGGGGCAGGAAGGAAUACUGCGCAAUAGUGACUCUGGAUGUAAGGAACGCUUUCAACACAGCCAGAUGUCCCGUAAUCCUCGCAGCCCCGAACCGCAUGGGGAUCCCGGAGUACCUGAGGAUAGUCGUUGGCAGCUACUUUAGGGACCGGUUCCUAUGGUACGACACUGAAGAUGGCCCAAAAAGAUACCGAGUUUCGGCAGGUGUUCCCCAAAGAUCGGUACUUGGACCAAUCCUGUGGAACAUUAUGUACCAUGGGAUCUUGGGCAUCAACAGGCCCGUAGGAAUAGAGCUACACUGUUUUGCUGACGAUGUGGCAAUCCCAGCAGUCUCAAAAACAAUCGCAGGGUUGGAAGACAAAUGUAACUCUUCGAUUGGUUCUGCCAUCCUCUGGCUCGAGAAAGCCGGGCUAGCAAUAGCGGCUCACAAGACCGAAGCAGUCCUACUAAGCAGCAGGAAAAAGGUGGAGAAUAUGCUUGUCUCCGUCAAUGGCACACAAGUGACCUCCCAAGAGUCCCUAAAGUACCUGUGGGUAAUGAUAGACCACAGACUAUCGUUCAAGGAUCACGCGAGCUUCGAUACGGCAUUUGGAUCUGUAAAGAACCGCAAUGUCAUCUGCAUUACCUCCAGGGCAUUGGAUGCCUAA